UCAAAUACAAACGAAAGUACUACAGUAUCAAAAAGUUCCAAAAGUUAUAAAAACUUGCAAUCUAAACGGGCCCCCAGUGCUGAGCUGAAUAUGGGUGCUCUGACAGCACCAAGUUUUCAUGGCGCGCCCUUUAGUUAUUUCAAAGUCACCAAGCCAAUUUUCUCAUAGAAAAGGUUCAGAACUCAUAAGAAGGAUUCCAACCCAACCUUUGCCCUAAAUGCACGCCAUUUUCGACCAAAGUAAGGUACGUUAGCUCACCCAAUCAGGCCUGAAAACCACAUCUUCUCUAGUACACCUCUUAUCUCUGCUUAGUCGAGACGUCCGUGUCUAACCCUACACACCCAACAACUGUCGUACCCCUUGCUGAUUGCUUCUCGCCAUUAUUCGAUCACUGUUUGUCCACAUGCAAGCUCGACCGAACUAGAGUAGUAGCUUAACCGGUCUCAAGUCUCAACCGUGUCUCGGUUUAGUUUGGCCCUCCACAAUGGUGGCCAACUACCAACCGGCUACCGCUCAUCGGUCGAUCCGGCCUCGUGUUCUAGAUGAUCUGCAAGCUGUCCAGCUCCGUGGAGAAAGAGGAAAUGGCAGGCGCGCCACGGCAACCGAGGCCCGAUCGUCAGACGUCACGUUUCGCGCCCGGGAACGCCGCUCGAAUUUUUAUUUCAAAAAAAAACGCCGCCCGAAGUAAUUAGCAGGAGCAAUCGCUGCCAGCGAAGAAGGCCAGCGAGCCAGACCAGAGACACCGCCCCGUUUCCGAGCCUUCCAUCCCCUCUCGUCUCUUUCGGCAGUUCCGACUCGGGCGCCCGCCGCCGCAGCCGCGCCGCAAUGGAGCUGCUGGCCAAGGCGCCCGUGCUGGGCUGCGCCGGGAAGAGGCAGCCCGGGCUCCCCAUGGGCUCCGUCGUGGGCGCGCUGGGCAGGUGGAUCCGCCCGGCCGUGCCGCCGCCCAGGGCGUGCGGGACGCCGGGGGGCCCGCCGGUGACGGCGCCCAGGGUGCGCCUCAGGGACGGCCGCCACCUGGCCUACGCGGAGUCCGGGGCGCGCAAGGAGGACGCGCGGUUCAAGGUCGUCAUCUCCCACGGGUUUACCGGCUCCCGACUCGACACCGUCCGCGCCGCGCCGGAAGUGGCCGAAGAGCUGGGCGUGUACAUGGUGGGGUUUGAUCGCGCCGGGUACGGGCAGAGCGACCCCAACCCCAACCGCUCCGUGAAGAGCGCGGCGCUGGACGUGGAGGAGCUCGCCGACGCUCUGGGGCUCGGCCCCAAGUUCUACCUGAUCGGCAUCUCCCUCGGCUGCCAUGCCGUCUGGGGCGCCCUCAAGUACAUCCCCAACAGGAUCGCUGGCGCUGCGAUGAUGGCUCCGGUGGUGAACUACUGGUGGCCGGGGUUCCCUGCGGACCUGGCCGCGGAGGUGUACGCGAAGCAGGAGGUUGGCGACCAGUGGGCGCUGCGCGUGUCGCACCACGCCCCGGGCAUCCUCCACUGGUGGAUGGAGCAGAGCUGGCUGCCCACGUCGACGGUGGUGGCCGGCACGACCCCGCUCCCCAACAAGCGCGACGCGGAGAUCCGGAGCAAGAUGAAGGCGGACGGGACGUUCCAGCAGAAGAUGGAGCAGGCGACGCAGCAGGGCAUCCACGAGUCCUACUACCGGGACAUGAUGGUCAUGUUCGGCAAGUGGGAGUUCGACCCGAUGAGCCUGCCGGAGCCGGCGUGCCCCGUGCACCUGUGGCAGGGCGACGAGGACGGGCUCGUCCCCGUGGUGCUGCAGCGGCACCUGGCCAGCCGCCUCAGCUGGGUCAACUACCAUGAGCUCCCCGGCACCGGCCACUUCCUGUCGUCGGUGCCCGGACUGGGAGACACCGUCCUCAGGACCCUCUUCGGCUGAUGAUGUGCAGACGCAGCAGGCAGCAGCAGUUUCGGAACAACACAUGCCAUGGAUCGACGGGUGCUAAUUAUAAAACCUACUCCAGUAUACUAAGUAGCGUCGUGGUGCAUUAGUUUCAUUUAUUGUAAGGCCAGUUCGUUGGUUGUCGCUGAUUAGCGAUGGUAAUGACCAUGAAGAUGAUAUACUCCUAUAUAGCAGAUGCAAGGUCGCAGUGCCUGCAAAGUAUAUGUUUAGAAUUCUCAUGUUCAAAGGGAAGAUAUCAGAUAGUAUAGAUAUGUUUUGAAAGAAGGAAAACCGGAAUUUUCUCCAUUAUUA